AUGGCAGAGGGCGAUUCUCCUAUCUCGGACCCCUCGGACCCCCCGGACCCCCCGGGAUCUCCCUCUCAGGUGAUCGGCAGGCGCAGAAACAGGCUAGUGAAUAUCAUAAAGCAAAACGACCUCCCUCAACUCCGUCAAUUCAUCGCCUCAUGCAAUCCCGAGGAUGUGAUCGCCCCUGGGACACCCUACUUAGAGGACACAUUGUUCAAUGCAGCCUCGUACGGCAGUCCCGAGGCUCUUCAAAUUCUCUUGGAUGUGUAUACUACGGCCCCGGAAGUUGUCAAGAGGUUCAACCCCAAGUUCCGUCUGCUGCUCGACGCGUGUGGUGCGGCAAAUAUUGAUGUAGUGCGCUUUGUCUUGGACAGUCCAGAAAAUCAGUUACCGCUCGGGACGGUGGAUUUACAUCAGCGAGAUGAUUCCGGAGAUACGCCGAUCCUCGUGGCUGCGGGUUCGCUGAUGUAUCUUGAUAAAGACCCAGAUGAAGUAGAAGAUGAGGGUCUUCAUUGGGCUGAGUGGAUUCGGGAUCGGAUUGCGCGGGGCCAUGAGUUGAUUCAUCUUCUUCUCGACCGAGGCUGUUCAGCGACAGAUGUUAUUCCACCUUUGCCAAAUGGUAUCCCUCCCUGGGGAAGUCAGGUACAAGAUAGUGUGCUUGGGCUUGCUGUGUCGAGGGCUAAUGGACCAUUAAUUCAACGGCUCAUCAACUCCGGUGCCGAUAUCUACCUUAAGCAUCAACACUUCCAUCAUGCCAGGGCAUCGUUCCAAUUCAGGAGUACAAACGGUCACGCGUAUGAUGUCACGACGCUCCAUCUAGCAAGUCUAUUCUACAAUGCUGAUGUUGUUAAAUUGCUCUUGGAUCAUCAACAUUACAAAAACAAUACCAACCCUGACCUGGCUUCCUCCUGUGAUAGUGAUGGGCGACUCCCACUGCAUUGGGCAGCUAGCGGUCCUGGAGGUUCUAACUGUAGACUCCUAGAUAAGCAGCUCAGAAUCACAGAGACCCUUCGACUGCUCCUUGACCAUGAUUCUACUAGUAUCAACCUUGUUGACAACACUAGAUCCACGCCGCUACACUAUGCUGCUAUAAGCCACGCUAUGUGCCAACACGCCGAGCUUACUAUCCGCACUUUACUCGAAUACAGGGCAGACCCCCGGAUCCCCGAUGGCUCUGGCUGUACCAUCCUACAUCUAUUAGGGUACCACUCCCAUCAAGGCGACCCUAUCAAGACCACCCUCCUCGAUUUAAUCCUAUCACACGGUGUCAAUAUCAACCAUGCCGAGAACAACGGGAAGACGGCAUUGCACGUCUUUGCCCAGAAUUUGCGGCAGGUCUCGGCGGCAAGGUUCUUAAUUGAGCACGGGGCGGAUUUCCGCGCUCGGAAUGCUUUCCGGGAGACGCCCUUUCAUGCGGCAGCGCGUGGGUUUUUGAAUGAUCAUAUACGAUGUGAUGGGAGAGAUAAGGAAGUGACAACUGCGAAUAAGAUCAGGCUUCAGGAUGAGAUGAUGCGUGUUCUGAAGGAGGCUGCUGGGGAGGAAGCUGCUAUGUUGAUGGGUCAACCAAAUGCGGAGGGUAAAACUCCGCAGGACUUACUGGAGGAGACUAGAAAUCGGUGGCAGGGAACGGAGCGGCCCAUACCAGGCCCUGGAAGAGGCAGAGGUAGAGGGCUGCCAGUAGGAGCAUAA